AUGUCGGAUGUUUUGACUGAGUAUGAGAACGCUAUUAAGGCGAAAGAGGCGAUUGAGGAGGAAAUUGAAACUUAUGUAGCUGAAUUAACAUCAGGAAAUAACCCAGGGUUCAAUGGAUCUUUGGUGGAUAACGAGGGGUUUCCACGUGCUGAUAUUGACGUGUAUCGCGUGCGGCAAGUGCGUCAUUCAUUGGCAGUGAAGCAGACGGCUCAUCAAUUGACCAUGAAAAAGAUUGAAGAGCUUUUGCCACAGGUGUUUGAAAUUCGGUGCGGUAAAUCAGAGUGUAAGAUGGAAAAGGAAGCACUUGAAGCUCCUACUGCUGCUGCUGUGCAGACGAUGAAGACGACGACGACAACAGAUGAAGUGAGUGCAGAAGAGAGAGAGUUGCAGUCCUUUGCAGUUGUCGAGAGCGUGCAGAGAAAAUCUCCAGCUGAAUUAGCGGGGUUGCAGGCACAGGACCAAAUAAUGCGUUUUGGCUCCGCCGACGCCAGCAACCACCGAGAGCUGGCAGCUAUAAAGGAUAUUGUGCAGCACAAUGUUGGUAGUAGCAUCCGUGUGUUGGUGCGUCGAGGGUUGGAGCUGCUGGUGCUGAAGCUGACGCCGCAGACAUGGAAUGGUCCUGGAGUAUUAGGAUGUCUGGUACAGCCCCUAUAA